UCCAUUAUCUUGGAUUAUAUAAAAUUUUCUUCUCCCCUCUGUGUUAAUAAAAAGCCGUCAAAAUUGAAUCGACAAAGAUUGACGAGACUUUUUCCUCUACUUCAACUGCAAUGGAGGAUAAAGCAACAACAAAAGAUCUGGAUCAAUGGAUUGAACAGUUGAACGAGUGCAAUCAAUUGACAGAAGCCCAAGUCAGAACUCUGUGUGAAAAGGCCAAGGAAAUUCUAUCCAAGGAAUCAAAUGUCCAAGAAGUCAAAUGUCCUGUAACAGUAUGCGGCGAUGUACACGGUCAAUUUCACGAUCUUAUGGAACUCUUCCGGAUAGGUGGCAAAUCGCCUGAUACAAAUUAUUUAUUUAUGGGUGAUUAUGUCGAUCGUGGCUAUUAUUCGGUCGAAACUGUUACACUAUUGGUCGCACUCAAGGUACGCUAUCGCGAAAGAAUUACAAUUUUGCGUGGCAAUCACGAAUCCCGACAAAUCACUCAAGUUUAUGGCUUUUACGAUGAAUGUCUGCGCAAAUAUGGCAAUGCCAAUGUUUGGAAAUAUUUUACCGAUCUGUUUGAUUAUUUGCCACUGACCGCAUUGGUCGAUGGUCAAAUCUUUUGUUUACAUGGUGGUCUCAGUCCAUCGAUUGAUAGUUUGGAUCACAUCCGCGCGCUGGAUCGCCUGCAAGAGGUGCCGCAUGAGGGACCCAUGUGCGAUUUGUUAUGGUCUGAUCCCGAUGAUAGAGGUGGCUGGGGUAUUUCACCACGUGGUGCUGGUUACACCUUUGGUCAAGACAUUUCGGAAACAUUUAACAGCACAAAUGGUCUAACAUUGGUAUCACGUGCCCAUCAAUUGGUCAUGGAAGGUUAUAAUUGGUGUCACGACCGCAACGUUGUCACAAUUUUCUCAGCGCCAAAUUAUUGUUAUCGUUGUGGCAAUCAAGCGGCCCUUAUGGAAUUAGACGAUUCACUUAAAUUUUCAUUCCUACAGUUCGACCCAGCACCAAGACGUGGAGAACCCCAUGUUACACGAAGAACACCAGAUUAUUUCCUUUAAGAGAAAUUACCUACAACAACAAGUAAAAAACAAACAAGAAAACCCAAACAUUACAACAACAAGAACAUUUACAUUUAUUACUAUAUAAAAUACUAAUGAUAAUAAA